AUGCAUCGGCGAGGUUGUAGCGUCAAUUCGCAAUGGGGAGAAUCGUCGGGCAAGCAGAGUUACGGCGUAGGCCGGAAUUCGCCAGUCCGUGCUAAGAACCUUGCAACCGACCCAUACGUGUCAUGCAGAGAGGACAUGUUGGACCAGCAUCUGACGUUUCGCACAGCAGCACCCGGCGACCUGCAUCGCGUGCAUUCCCUGGAAGAGGCCGGAUACCCCGCAGACGAAGCAGCCUCCCUCGAUUCCCUCACCUACCGCAUCCACCAAGCCAGCUCGGUGUUUCUGGUGGCGACACUUGGCAGCGAGCUAGUUGGCUUCGUGUGUGGCACUCAGACGCCCAGGGACGAGCUGGAUCACGCCUCGAUGUUCACCCAUGACCCACAAGGCAAUGGCACUGUGAGUGGCUCGUAG